CAACAGAACAAUACACAUACUUUCUGCCUAUAUAUACCAAGACUUCGUAAAGAAUGUUAACUUUUUUUUUUUUCUCUUUAACUUGUUAACUUCGAGCUUCAGAACUCUAUGGUCUGCUUCAAGUUCAAAUCGCCUUUCCGGUUACUUGGUAAAUGUGGAAAACAACAAAUAGAAAGUGAAGAUAUCUUGGUGAACAAGGUAAAUGUGGAUGAGGAGUACAAGGAAACCUUAAGAACCAAGUCAUAUACAGAUAUAUCCAGCAAAGUUGAGGGUCACCUACUAAGUAAAACCAUGGAAACCUCAUCUUCUGUUCGGCCUAUUCAACUUCAUCUCUUCGAGUCGCUCUUAGAACCGGGACAAGAAACAGUGGCCCAUAUUAUCGAAGGUUCGAAUCUUCAUCCCCUCCUCAUCGAUUACUUCGAGAUCACGAUAAAAGCAUGCUUUAUCUGCGAAGUACUUCUUCAAAGUAUCCAGCAGAUUCGAGCCAAUCACCGGGUGAUCAAGAAUGUACUCGACAUGAGACAAAAGGCGCUUUUCUCUAAUGAUAGAUGUUGUGCUAUGUUUCGAGACCUUGAUUCAUUUGCCACAAUAGGAAACCCUUUAUCAGCAAUCAGUCUAAGUGAAUUUCGUGAAAUGCAGAAUGGUCAGAGUGAUUUACUUGAUCGAUUAACGUUGCAAUGUAGGAAAAUUCGGAGGAGAAUGAAAAUCAGAAGGGGUGUGAAGAAAACCGUGGGAUAUACGAUAGUAGUGGCGUACACUGCACUUGCAUUUACUUUGAUGGUUCUUGCUUUUCAUAGUAUUGUUGGGCUUGUCGCAGCUCCGGCUCUUUUUACUUGUUCAUUUGGUUUCUUGAAGAAGCGUAACAAGCUGGUGAAGAUCAAGGCAAGUUCUAGGGAAAGAAUAGUAGCACAGCUUGAUGUUGCGGCAAAAGGGGUUUACAUAUUGAUCAAUGAUUUUAAUACCGUGAGCCGACUCGUGAUGAGGUUGUAUGAUGAGAUUGAACACAGCAAAGCCAUGGCAGAUAUGUGUGUUAGAAAUGGGAAGAUUGAGGUCUUGAAAGAGGUGGUGAGGGAGUUUCGGAUUGGGGAGACUUGCUUAAACGAGCAGUUAAAGGAGCUUGAAGAACAUAUAAACUUGUGUUUCCUCACGAUAAACCGAUCAAGAAGGUUAGUUGCUCAAGAGCUUAUGCAUGGAGCCAAUAGAUCUAAAAUGUGAUUGGUGGUUACAUGAUGAUUUGAGACAAAUGGUUCCUUUCGACAGUUACUGUAGUCCUAUAGUUUAAGUGGUACCUUGCCCCUUGCCCAAGACUAUUUUUCAAAUUUCUUUUAUUCAAUCAUCUGCAGACUCCAGUUAAAACUAUGCUGGCUCUGUAAAUUCAAUAAUUUUGUGACAGCACUUGUAAGUACACUGAAUAUAGGGGGAAAAGACGGUCAGAACCGGGGUGGCGCUGUUGCUUACCUUGGCAUCAUUUUUUUUUGUCAGCUUUGUAAAUUUUUCGCAGACUCUGAAUAAUCUAAGGAACUGCAAUAUUUGUGAAACG